AUGGCCGACCAUGACGAAGAAACGGUUGGGCCACCACGGCCCCCUGAAGGGGCUGUAGAGGAUCAAAAUGGCGACCAGGAGCAGGAUGUCGGCCCGGCGCCCCCAAAGCCAAAAAAGCGCAAGGUCAGAGUUCCACCGCCGAAUCCCGGAUGGACUUGGUGCUCGUAUCCAAAGCCGAGCCGUUUGGGCAAAUUAGAGACGUUAACGCUGUUUCGGGUGAUAAGCAAUGCUGAUGUUCGGGUGACCACGCCGACGCAGAUCUUGGAGUUUGAGCAGCAGUACCUGGAUGCGCUGCCCUCGGCCGCUAUGUAUGAACGCAGUUAUAUGCAUCGGGACACGGUCAACAAUGUCGCGGUGACCUCAACCGACUUCAUCAUAACAACUAGCAUUGAUGGCUACCUAAAGUUCUGGAAGAAGCAGACCCGGGGUAUCGAGUUCGUGAAACAGUACCGGGCGCACGUGGGGGCAGUGGAUGGACUGGCUGUGAGCUGGGACGGCACGUUGUGUAUGACGCUCUCCCGGGAUCGCACGGUCAAGAUUUUCGACGUCCUCAACUUCGACCUGAUCGUGAUGCUGCGGCUUUCAUUUACACCGGGAUGUGCGGCGUGGAUUUACAAGAAAGGCGAGGCUAAGGCCCGACUGGCCAUUUCAGACCUCAACUCGGGCCGCAUACACGUGUUCGAUGCGCGUAGUGGCAGCGACUCCGCGGAGGCGGUCGUGGAGGUCCACCGCGCCCCGGUGACCUCCAUGCGCUACAACGCGCCCAUGGACACAGUCAUAUCCACCGAUAGCAAGGGCAUGAUCGAGUACUGGUGCGGUACCAGCUACGGUCACCCCGAGGGCGGCCGCGUGGCUUGGAGCAGCAAACUGGACACGGACCUGUUCGACCUGGCCAAGGCCAAGGCAACAGCACUGUCUCUAGAGGUGAGCCCCGACGGGCAGCAGUUCUCUACGGUGUGCUCGGACCGGCGUGUGCGUGUGUUCAAGUUUGGUACGGCAAAGCUACGGCGCGUGUACGACGAGUCGCCGGAUGCGGCCAACGAGGUGCAGCGGAACGGUGGCGAGAUAUUCCAGCUUGAGGACAUUGACUUUGGUCGACGCAUGGCAGUGGAGCGUGAGCUGGCUGCCUCCGCAGAGGAGACCCGUGGGUUACCAAACGCCGUGUUUGACGAGUCCGGGAACUUCCUGUUGUACGCCACCCUGCUCGGUAUCAAGGUGGUCAAUCUGGUCACCAACAAAGUAGUACGGAUACUGGGCAAGGUGGAAAACACGGAGCGCUUCCUCACACUGGCCUUAUACCAGGGCUCAGGCGGCACUCGGCUCCGAGGUCUUCCCACUGCCGAGCAAGUGGACAAGCUGCUUGGCGGGUCGGACCCCCUGCUGGUCGUGUGUGCCUUCAGGAAGCAGCGCUUCUACGUCUUCUCUCAGCACGAGCCCACCGAGCCCGAGGACCCCACGCAGCCGGGUCGGGACGUGUUCAAUGAGAAACCCGCUCUGGAUGACCUCAUAGUGGCGGAAGGCGGUGCGCCCGUCCCCGGUCACUCUCUUCCCCACGGCGCGCGCCUGCACAGCACCCGCGGCGACAUCACCGUCAAGCUCUUCCCGGACGAGUGUCCGCGGACGGUGGAGAACUUCACCACACACGCUCGUAACGGCUACUACGACGGAGUCCUAUUCCACCGCAUCAUCAAGGGCUUUAUGAUCCAGACCGGGGAUCCGCUCGGUGACGGCACGGGUGGGGAGUCCAUUUGGGGGGGAGAGUUCGAGGACGAGUUCCAUAAGGCCCUCCGACAUGACCGGCCCGGUAUUCUGUCCAUGGCCAAUGCCGGACCCAACACCAACGGCAGCCAGUUUUUCAUCACCACGGUACCCACUCCCUGGCUCGACAACAAGCACACCGUCUUUGGUCGGGUGGUGCGCGGGAUGGACGUCGUCACAGCCAUCGAACGAGUGCGCUGCAACAAGGAUGACAAGCCGUUCGACGACAUCAAGAUUCUCAACAUCACCGUACUUGACACAGUGGACGAGACAGGCGGCGUGUAA